GGCUCUUUUUUUCUUCUCCUUCCAUUUAACAUGUUAAGUCAGAUCAGGAAGUGUGAUGCUGUGACAGUAGAAAAGGAAGCAGGCACACAAUGGCACCAUGUUUGCUUCUGGGACUGGUAGCAUGAGAGGGCCCCGGGUAAAGACCCCCCUGUUGUUUCUGCUGCUGCUGACCGCUCUGACGAGGACAGUGCUUUGCCAAGAUGAAGAAACAACUGAGCCAGAAGAAGCGGUGAUAGCAGAGACAGCAGAACCAGAGGAACAAGUAGAACCAGCAGAACCAGGACCUGAUGGUGAUACAGAGACCUCAGAGAUACCCCUAACUUCUGCUGAUGCCUUUUCAGAACUGCCACCAGACCCCUCCGCCACAGAAGAGCCUCUUGAAAGUCCAGUAGAAGACGAUACUGGCUCAGGACUUAGGAGCCUCUACCUCCCUGUUGAUGAGCCCACAGAAUCAACGGUGGGGCCUGACUUUACGGGUUCGACGUUCACUCCAAAGUUGGAGGAGGGUUUGAGCCUCAUUAUCAUCCUGAUCCCUGUGGUGCUGGUGGUUUUAAUUAUCGGCAUGAUAGUUUGUGGUAUUUUCAUCAACCGGAAGUGGAAUAAAAAAGUGAGAGAUCAAGAGCUGAGAAAAGAGGAUCCAUAUUUGGACGGGUCCAGCACAGAGAAGGUGCCAAUGCCAAUGUUUGAAGAAGACGUGCCCUCUGUGCUGGAACUGGAAAUGGAAGAGUUGGGCCAAUGGAUGAAAAAGGAUGGUGAAACUCUACAGGACUCUACACUUGCUUGAAUCUGUUGAUGGCGGUUAACAAAGGACGCUCUCCCUGCAUGCAAGGACACAGUCAGUGAUGCAUUGAUGCCAACUUGGAUGUUUUGACCUUUCUUAAAUAAUCCAGCAGCAUCUGAGACAACAGGAGCUCAUUUGACCGCCAGGAAACAUUACAACUCUUUCAGGACACUAGAAAGCUUUACUUUUAUUUUUACAGCAAAAUAAUCAGCAACAAAAAUAACAUCUUGGUCGUCAUUCUUCCCGAAAGUCCUCACUGGACAGCAAUGUGCAACAGUUGGAUUUGUUAAACAGUGGCUCUUUGAUCAGUGUUGUGCCUUUCAUGUAUUGUUUCAGUUGUGCCUUGCCUGUUUUGAUUGUAUUGUCGAGCAGUAAUCUGUUAUAAUCCAGGUAAAUGCACAGUAUUUUCUGCCUCAAUGAAUCAGAAUGAAAAGUAUUAAGUUUAAAACUUAAAAAGUACUGUGCUGCAGUGAGCAAACAUUCCUUUUUCUGCAGAUUCAUGCUGUUUUAGGAGAAUGUGGUCAUCUUAAAGCGCAUUUGGCCGAUCCUCUUCUCCGCCCCUCACAGAUAUGACCGCUCAUAGUUUCUGCUGAUGGCGUCUCUUUAGCUCAAAGCCUCUUUGUUGUGUUACACUGUGUGACUCCCUCCAGCUGCAGGUUUUAAUGGGGAAAUAUCCUGUUGAAGAUUGCAGGCAUGCAUGACAGAGGAGGCCACUCCUUUUCAUGCCUGUGCAGAGCUGGUUCACAGAGAAAGUGUUUUUGUUCAGAGAACGAAAUCUCAAAGUGUGAAAUCAGUCUGUUUCUGAGUCUUGUGAUAAAUUAUUACCCGUUGCUGAAACAGCUUUCUAAAAGCUGCUACUGAUAAGAUUUUCAUCUCUCCAUGCUGUAGAUAAAAACUCUCUGACUGAAUACUUUAUGUCUGCAGAUGCUGUUCGGAUGUUUUGUUUCCAGUUUGGGCUUGAAAGUGUUGAAUCUAAGCAGUUGUGACACUGGUUUUGAUUAAUGUGAGUGUGACUUUCUAAAUGUGUCAGUCAGUAUUUUUGCAGUUACUUUGCACUGUAAAUAUGAGAAUACAGUAUACCAAAAUAUGUUAUUUUCAAGGAAUGCCUUUUGUAAAUAUUUCAUACAUGGCUGUUGUUUUGCUGAUGAAGCUUUGAAAAAAAUUACAAUAAAUUACAUCUUGUGAAAAAAUGAUACCAGUGUGGCUCUUGGGAUGGCAAUGUCGGCCAGUCCACCACGUUUUUUUAAAAUAAAUUUUCUCAACAAUUA